UUUACCCAGAGUAAAGUAAUCGUAUCGGUUGCACCUGAAAACAACGGCGAGUGCCGUUCGAGAUCUUAAGAUCGACUGAGUUUGUGUGAAUUUGUGUUAGUGAAUGAGCUUCACAAUGGUAAGCCCACUCUUGGGUUUGGUAUCCCUGAAAUCCUUAAUGGAUAGAAAGGCUGAUUCUCCGGCUGAUGACACUAUCUUAUCAAGAAUCAAAAGAUUGGUGACUACCCAUCUGCCUACCAGUUGCCUUAACUGGAGAGUCCAUGUCCUUUCCAAGGAAGAAAUUCUAGGAGAGGAGCCGGAUCCUCAGAUCCUCAACAAAAUUCGAUUUGCUCUUCCCACCGUUGAAUUGGCCCGUGCUUUUGCCCCAGACUGCACGUCUCUCUCCGAAAGAGCCUAUAGGGACAUUAAGAUGAAGAUGUUAAAUUGGCCACUAUGUGUGGGACUAAUUAUAGGCCCCUCUUCUUUGGUGAUUCGUAUAAGGGGUACCUCUACAAGCAUUGACUUAAUGAUGGCCUCAAUAGCUGAGAUUAAACCUGUCCUCUUGAGUAGGGAGGAGGCUUCUAGAGAGCUGGCCGGUAACCUUACAGAAAAGUUCUCAAUCUCUAGCCAAACAUCUUCUGGCACCAAAAGGUCUAGCAGACUGGACCGUUUAGAAGAGAGCCAUUUGGAAUUGAAAGGAAUGUUGGAAUCUUUUAUGAAAAGGUUUGAUCGCCCAGAUACUUCCGAGUCUAAAUACUCUUCUGGUGAUGAACAGACUUUUAAUGUUGAGGAUAUAAAUACUAAUAUGUCGUCUCCGGAACCUUCUGAAGUUCCUUGGGCUCCCCCUGAAUGCCCGAUGGAUGAGGAAUUUGAUUUCUGCCCGGUUGCACGUGAGCAAGAGCCAGCAGUUCCUGCACCUAAAUCGCAUAUUGCUGAUCAGGGUAUCAGCUGUCAAAGAUUAGGAGAGUUGUCUUUUAAGCAAAUUCGAUACGCUGAUGUUCAGAAGAAGCUACAGGCUGCUCCUGUCUUUAGUGCACUUAAAAUAAAUCCAGCUUUUUCUAAGCAUUCCAAUUCUAAUACACAGUCUCAAGAAUCCUUGACGAAGUCGGACUCAAUGCUGGGCACCAUUCUCCAUGGUCUUCUAUUACAGCGAGAAGCCUUAUCUAAUUCAGUUAAGGAACUCUCUGCUAAACAUCCUGCCUUAAAACAAAAUCUCUCCCAAGUAUUUGGAGCUGCAUCAUCCUUCAAAUCAAUCUCGGAUGACAUCUUGCAAUAUGUUUGCGGGCGCAGAGCAGAGGUAAUUGAAUAA